GUUCCACGGUGAACCUGGAAGAGCCUCACUGUGAGAAGGGGCGUGGUGACGCGCGGUGUCUCUCGGGAGCCGGGGAUUCCCCAACACGCGGAGACUGAGAGCGGAUUUACUGAGAUUCUCCGACAUAUCGCGACAGCGGUAAUCCCAGGACCUUGCCUGAUGGAGCCACAGUCUGAUAGUGGGAUGGAGCCUCCAAUGAGUCAGGAAACGUUUGAGGAUUUGUGGAGUCUGCUGCCUUUGGAGGGUGCUGAUUAUGGCGCCAUACUGGAGUAUCCGGACUGCCCCAUAUCACAGACGAUGCCUGCUUUACCCGAGGCGGUUAUUAAUGCCCCUUAUAUAGCCAUUACUUCGUCGGCUGUGCCCUCCACGGAGGACUACCCUGGGACCUUUGGUUUGCAGCUCGAGUUUCAGGAGAAUGGCACUGCCAAAUCGGUUACCUGUACGUACUCAAAGGAUCUGAACAAGCUUUUUUGUCAGUCUGUGAAGACGUGCCCCGUUCUGAUUCGGAUGUCAAAGUCCCCACCCAAUGGGGCAAUAAUUCGCGCCACUGCUGUCUUCAAGAAAUCGGAGCAUGUAGCUGAAGUAGUCAAACGAUGUCCACACCACGAGCGGUCUAACGAGCCGGGAGACGAUUCUGCCCGUCGCAGUCACCUGAUCCUCGUGGAAGGUAGUUCCCAGGCUCAGUAUGUGGAAGAUCCCAACACUGGCCGUCACAGUGUUUACGUGCCUUACGAGGAGCCUCAGGUUGGCUCAGAGUGCACCACUGUCCUGUAUAAUUAUAUGUGUAACAGUUCCUGUAUGGGAGGCAUGAACCGACGGCCCAUCCUCACAAUAAUCACGCUGGAAUCCAGAGAGGGUUCUCUUUUGGGUCGACGAUGUUUUGAAGUGCGGGUAUGCGCCUGUCCAGGCAGAGAUCGUAGGUCUGAGGAGGAAAACUAUCUAAAAAAGAGAGGACUGAAAAUCACUGGAAAGAGAGAAAUUCCAAGCACGCCUGUAUCAGACUCGGGUCUUCCCAAGAAAAGAGUUCUUACAGAGGAGGAGACAUUCACUCUCCAGAUCAAAGGCCGUGAGCGGUAUGAGAUGCUGAAGAAAAUUAAUGACGCUAUGGAAACUCAGGAUAAGGUUGAGCAGCACAAAUUAGUGGUGAAAUGUCGCAAAUGCCGCGAAGAUUUUAAACCCAAGAAAGGGAAACGGCUGAUGGUGAAAGACGAGCUUGAUUCUGAGUGAGCAAUGGCUUGCUCUUCACCUUUUGUAUUGUAGUUUUAUGUGGAACUGUAUUAAAUGGGAGAACAUACAGAAUACAGAAUUUUAUAUCGAUGUGGCCCAAACCUGUAUAUAAUAUUGGAACCACAAUGUACUUUCUUAUUGCUAUACUGUUCAUGCUUUGCCAACCUUACACUCACUGCCAUCAUUUUGUAAUUUUUUUUUU